AUGGAUACCCCCCUGGCCGGUGAGCGCAUCGCCGAGGAGAAGGCGUACACCAAGCGUUACAUCGACUCGUUGGCGAACCGCAACAUCGAGUACCCUACCGACUAUGCUCCGCCUCUUGCCUCGCGUCCGCGCAAGAUCCCCGCUGUCGAUGCCCCAGUCUCGGCCCCACCUGACAUGGAUGUAGAGGAGGCUACUCCUCAAGACGCUGCUGUCGCCCUGACCGUCAAGUCGCUCAAGCCCGCGCUCACGAUCAACGUCUCGGCCCACCUCUCGGACAGCGUCGCGGACCUCAAGGCGCUUGUGGCCGCUCAGGCUGGUGCUCCUCCGGCGGACGCCCAGCGUCUUCUGCUCAAGGGCAAGGCUCUGGCCGAUGCCAAGCUUUUGAAGGAGUACGACCUUGCCGACGGCGCCGUGGUCCACCUCAUGAUCAAGCCUGGUGCCAUUGCCUCUCCCCCUGCCCCUGCCCCUGCCCCGGCUGCGCCUGUCGCCGUUGACGCCGCCGCCGCCGCCGCCGAUGUUGCUCCCCCACCCUCCAGCCUCUCGGCUACGCCCGUCAGCCGCCACGGCCACCAGCGCACCCCCUCGCUUACCAUCACCACCCCGCAGGAAGGCGCGUCGCCGACCGAGGUGCCUUCCGAGUACGCGUUCACGUCCAACUCGGAGCUCGCUUCGCCCGUCUCGAGCAGGGCGUUCCACGAGACGGCGUCCAACCCCGAGUUCUGGACCAAGGUGUUCCAGCUCUGCGAGAGCGAGUUUGCCCACGAAGACGACGCGCGGACCGUGUUUGACACGUUCCUCGUCGCCAUGAAGGGUCGUCUGAGUGCGAGCGAGUCGGCCAAGAUCCGCGACGUUGUCGGUGUUGCUGGCAUGGGCGGUGGUACGUAG